AUGCGUUACGGGGCCACCACUCGCCGCUUCGACGAAUACUACCGCUGCUAUCCCGUUGCGAUGAUGCCAGGGCCCGAGAGGGAGAACCUCAACCAUGGCGGCAAGGUCAUCAUGCCUCCCAGCGCUCUGGAUAAGCUGACACGGCUACACAUCACGUACCCGAUGCUCUUUGAGCUGCACAAUGGGGCCAGGGGAAGAAUGACGCACGCGGGCGUGCUGGAGUUUAUUGCAGAGGAGGGGAAAAUCUAUCUGCCUUUCUGGUUGAUGCAAACACUUCUUCUCGAGCCGGGCGACCUCGUCCAGGUCAAGUCGACCGAUCUCCCGCCCGGACGUUUUAUCAAGCUUCAGCCGCAGUCGACCUCCUUCCUCGAUAUCAGCGACCCCAAAGCAGUGCUAGAGAACGCAUUCCGUAACUUCUCCUGUCUCACCAAGGGCGAUGUAUUUACGUUUUCAUACAACGACCAGAUCUACGAGAUGGCCGUGUUAGAUACCAAGCCGGAAAAUGACAAGAAUGCCAUCUCGGUCCUGGAAACGGAUCUCGAGGUGGAUUUCGCGCCCCCUGUAGGCUAUGAGGAAUCCAUGCGAACAAGCGGCACCAGCACACCCCGGAGCGUGGCAACGGGUGGCGCAGCUCCGCCGGGAGGGGUGGUUCAUUCUCAUGGGACCAUGGCCCAAGCCAUCAACUACGCGGCCAUCGCUCCCGAGUCUGACGAUGUAACGAAAGGCGCCAAAGCUGUUUCGUCGAACUUCCUCUCGACUGGACAUCGUCUGAACGCGAAGAAGGGCAGCAAGGCGCCAACGCCGCAGGCAACCACUCCGGUUGCGGGCAGUUCAACCAACCCCCAGCACCCUCCUCCCACAAGAAGGACGAAUGGUCCUCAACCGCUGAGAUUGCCACCAAACAAGCUCUUCUUUGGGUAUGCCAUCAAGCCCCUCCAGAAACGCGACGAGCAGGGUCGUGUUAUUGAGGAGGAGAAAUCACGCUUCCAAGGCGCCGGACAGACGCUGCGGGCACGAAAGAAGGGACUGGGAAAUUCCGGGACACCCACGUCGGGGAGUGACGUGGAGAGUCAAA